AUGAAGGGUCAACCAGCUCACAAAGAAGAAGUCAAAUAGCCAAAGCUUGCAAUGGUUGGAGUUGGAAAGAAAAUAGGCACCUCAAAUGUCAAAGUUCAAGGUGAUUGGAGAUGUGCUACUUGUAAGUUCAGUAAUACAAGUGAUAAAGAAUCCUGUGGAAUGUGCAGGGAAGCAAAAAAGGUCUUAAAAGAACCAAAAGUUAUAGGAGGCAGUAAUCCACCUAGAAUACCUGGACACAGAACUCAAAAUAAAAAUAAUAAUCAAUAUGAAGAAUAAAAAGUUUAAAAACCUUAAUUAUAGCCAUUCUCAGGCAAUAAUGUGCAAACUUUAAAUGGGCCAUAAAAAUCAUAAUAAAACAGGGGUGGCUCAAUGCAGCCUGGACAAGCCAGAAUAAUGACAUUAAAUCAGCUAAAUCAAGAUACAAUGGCUGGAGACCUAGGUAAGCCUAAAUAAUAAAGAUUCCAUAAGGAAUCAACUAUUGAAAUGCUUUAAAAGAUAGCUAAAAAUAGCGACAAUCUAGACUAGAUGCCUUGUGUAAAGGGCGCUUAGGAUUUGAAAAAAUUAAAAGAUAGGUAAUUUGUUUAGAAUACUAGAGAACCAGCAAAAUUUAAUAUGGAAACUUUUGUCAGAGAAUAUGGAGAUGUCCCUAAGUGA